AUGGACAAAAGAUCAAUCGAACUAUAUAAGGAAGUUUUGCAAGCAGGACAUGAGUCUGUUCAUAAUAUUCGUGUAAUGGUUGUUGGGCAUUAUGGAGUUGGAAAGACAACUCUGACAAAACGUUUGUUUAAAGAAGAUAUAAAUAUAAACAAGCAAGAGAGCACAAACGGAAUUGACGUUCAUAUUAGAAAAUGCAAAGUGUCUCUCGAAAAUGGCGAGUGGAAAAUGCUUGAUACAGGUCAGAAGUCUAUACGUAAUCGCUUGGUGAAACUGUUGACAAAGAAAACCCUCGACAAAAAAAGCCCGGAAGAGGAAGAUGUACCUAUUUCAACUGAAGUAAAGUGUAUGGGUAGCGAUAAUACCAUGUAUCAAGGUCUGAAGUCUAUACAUAAUCGUAAUCUUCUAGAGACAGACAGUUGGGACGCUCCAAAAGUCUCUAAAAUACCUAUUAGUUCUACUGUGAACCAGGCAGAAGAUUAUAUUCGAAAUCAGCUUUUGGAUUUGAUAAAAGAACAGUCUCAGCUAUCUACAGACGAAAGAGACACAAACACAGCAGAUCUCUCGGUUUGGGACUUUGCAGGACAGUAUGCGUUCUAUUCAACACACCAGGUGUUUUUGUCCAGACGCUGUGUGUACUUGCUGGUCACUGAUAUGUCCAAACUCAUGGAGGAUAUAGUUCAAGAUGACGACUGCUUCCCGGAUUGUGAUGGGACGAAAAACUGGAAAAUAUCAGGUGAAUUGCUUUUGAAACACAUUCAGUUAUAA